AGAACAUAAACUAAAGUGUAUAUGCGGAGAAUUGCAUGCGUGACGUGAGUAGACGUGAACGAUCGAAUGACAGUUUUAAGAUUUCAAAAAAUACGUGAUAAUAUUCCUAUUGAAAAGAAAUAUUUUUACAUUUUUUAAACUUAUUUAAACUAAUUAAUACUUCGGCAUUAACGCUAAAAUUAAGUGAUUAGCAAUAAUUUUGGACUCUAUCAGUGACAGUCACGUUUGUUUAUUGGUUAACAUCCGCCAUUUUGUACUGUCGUUUGUUUAGUGACUCUAUCGGAGGGGCUCUACCUAUGUAGAGAUGCUAUUAUCAUUAUCCAGGAAAUACAUAUUGUGAUUUUACAAGUGGUGUACAAUGUUUUUGCUAGAAACGUUGCUUGCAAGGGGUAUAAAUUAAUCGUGUGACUUGUCAACUGACGUCGGUAUAUCUCUACGACUCUACCUAUGUGCCGGAUGUGUCCUACAAUCGGUUAGGGCGAUUUUACGUGCCACCUUGAGUGGUGUACGUGUCCCGAUACCUAUGCUGCCAAGAAUAUGAGUAGCAACGGGAAUCAGGUGCCGUUGGCGCCGAGUCAGCGAGGGCCCGGACCUUAUCCACGGGCGUCAACACCACACAGACCGGUGGAAUGUUACCACCCUUCGGGCGCCGCCGGGGCCGCAUACAUGCCGAGCACAGCCGGUGGCGCGCAGUCCUCGGCGCAAGCCACGCUGAGAGUCCAGCCGACUCCGCAGCCGUCGGCACCGCCGGCACCUCAGCAGGACAUGUCCAAAACAACCAUGGCUGGCCAUAGUUAUGUAUCACAAAACCAGACGCCGCAGCCUCGACCACAGUUCGCCAACUACCAGUAUAGAGCGGCGCAGCACGGAACGAGGCCGAACACACAUCCAAGACAACAACAGUCGUUCAUACCUAGUGCUGCUGCCACAGCCACUGGACCUGUCAUGUACCCAACACUAGUGUUCCAGCCGACACCAAUGGGUAUGCAAACCUACCAGCAGCCUCGUUCCAGUACACCAGGGUACUAUCCAUAUAUGGGACAUUACAUAGGUUAUAAUACACCUCCGAGCCACACCCCAUCGUAUUACUACACUUCGAAUAGUCCUCAGCUGCCUACGCCAAACUUACAAGCGAACGCCCCAGGUGGUAGGAGUAAUCCCACUACUUUGGUGGGGCCACAGGGUACACCCGCAACUCCCACUGCGCCCACUGCCACGCUUCCUCACGCACAAGCUUCUACACUCAUGCACCAAACUAUGCCUGGUUUACGUCCAGCCGCCCAUAAAAGAAGUCAUAGAGUACCAAUCAUCGACCCUAAAACGAAACAAGAAGUUUUUUCGGAUUCAUUUACCAACGAUAACAAUUUUUUAAACAGCGAAGCUAACGAUCGACACACUCCUCAACCCGAACCACCAACACACAGUUUCGCCGAAGAAUUUAAUAGAAUGGUCAAUGAAGUGGCCAAUCAACCUUCUUGUGAUAAUUCUAUUAAAUCGAAUUAUGUAUCAAAGAACGUGGACGUAACCGUGUCGUCCGCAUCAAGCUCUGUCCAAACUCAACCAAAUGCAAUAAGCUCUAUUAAUAAUAAUGUAGUAAAGUCUGAAAUUUUAACUGUAAACGAAAGUAAACAUUUAGGACAUGAUGUUGCUGUAGAAUCAAACGAGACGCCAAUUGUUUCGGCAAUAUCAGACAGUCCUAUUGCAGUGCCUAAAAUGCCUAUGAAUAUUAAGCAACUUCAAAAGAAUAAUGAACACACAGUUCAAUCUUUAGUCCUAGAUACAAAUAAGAAUAUACCACCUAAUAAGCAAUUUAAACAAAGCAAAAAUGUGCCUCAAAUCGAAGAAGUAGAAAAGACGUCAGAAAAUAUAAAUAUUACUACAAUACCUUUAGCAACAGUAGCCCCAAUAACAACCUCGACGGCGAUUACGUCUACUGUCAUACCUGUGCCUGCAUCGACACAAACUACGUCGGCAACCGUAACACCAACUGUUGUUCCUAACGCGCCUGCACCACAACCACAGAGAAUUAGAGAGCCCAGAGAACGCGUCAAAUCUGAAGACAAAGAAAAAAUCAAAGAUGUACAAGAGAAAGAGGCAGCAGCAGCUGCGGCUAACAAACCUAAUGGACCUACACCACCUGUUGCGAUUAGUUCAGUUGAUAGCUUGGCAGAAGCUAUCAUCCAUUCAACUAGUCAAUGUACUCAAGGACAAGGUGUGGAACCAGUAAAGAAACAAAUACCAAGCAAGCAAUUUAUAUCAGCCCCAGAAGCUGAAACUCCGGCUGCUGUAACACCGAACAUUGAACUAGUUAAAAAAAGUGAACCAUCUGUUGAAAUUCCUCCCACUGCCACACAACUUUUAUCUGCUAGUAUUGAAAAGGUUGCCAAGGAACAGUUUGCAAAAGCACCUGAACUUAAAGAAGGGUCUAGUGCAAUAGAAGCCCAAGCGAAACUAACACAGAGCAUAUCUAGUGUACUGCGCACCAAUCAGUCUGAAUUUAAAAUGAAAGAUAUUAACCUUAACAAUAAGACUACAGAUCCAGAUACUGCCAAUGGAAACUCAACCGAGAUGACUAAAACUGAGACUGUGAAGGAAGAUAACAACAAAAAUGAAAAAGCUAUGAAGAAUUCUAAGAAUUCGAAUAAAAAGUCUGGAAAUAAAAUGGCUAACAAUAUGCCUAACAAUGAGCCAAUUCUUAAAGAAACUGAGUCAAAUGAAAAUGGUAAAAAUGAGACUGAUAAAGUAGUUAAUGUAGAGAAAGAAAAAAUGCUGCCUGCUAAUGAGUUAACUGUACCAGCUAAACCUGUGCCAGAAGAAACAUCUAAGGCUGAGCCUACACCAUUUGUACCUAAGUACAAAUACACUGAAGAUCAAUGGUCCCCAAUGAAUACAGCUGGCAGAAAAUGUUAUGAUAUUGAUUUGCUAAAGCAAAUAAAGGAGGAUCCUCUUUCCAAGAACAAACCUAAUGUUCCUUUAUUGGAACACUGCAAUGUCAUCAGGACAACUCCAAUGCAGGAGCCCCAACCUUUCACUCCAAUUUCAAGGCUUGCAAAUGAUUCUCUAUUCCCACCAUUUGCCAAGACACCUGGUAUGGGAUCCAGAAAUAACACACCACGUGAAACUAAGAAGGAUUCUAGGAAUAUGGCACCAACUGGUAAGGGAAGUGUCAAGUUGACUCCAAAUCCAAGUGGCAACAGUUCGCAUAAACCUGUUAUCCAUGUUUCACUGUCACUGAGAGAAGAAGUGAAGCUCAAUGAAGUUGAUUCUGCCUGGAAGCCCACUAGGUUCCGGAAAGAUGCUGUGAAUGAAGAAGAAUUUAGGACACAGGAAUUGUACAAGAAGUUCAGGGGUAUUUUGAACAAACUAACCCCACAGAAGUUUGAUACUCUGUUGGAAAGAGUAAAAACACUGGAAAUCAACAAUCAGAAACGCUUGGAGGGUGUAAUUGAUUUGGUAUUCGAAAAGGCGAUUGAUGAGCCUAAUUUCUCAGAAGCCUAUGCAGCUAUGUGUAACAAGUUGUCUGUCUUGAAGGUACCUGCAGACAAUCCUACAUCUCCUGACAAGUGUGUCAAUUUCAGAGCUCUCAUUAUAAACAAAUGUCAGAAUCAAUUCGAAACUCAUAAAGUUGAUGAGCAAAUAUUAAAAUUAGAAAGUGAACUUGCUGCAUGCACAGAUCCUGUCAAGAAGAAGGAACUCACAAUGAUGAUAGAUGAAGAAAAUAGACGAGUUAGAAUGAGAUCUGUCGGAAACGUGCGAUUUAUUGGUGAACUUUACAAGUUAAAAAUGCUUACAUCUAAAAUUAUGGACUAUUGCAUGAAAUACUUGAUUGAAAAAGUGGAGGAGGAGAAACUGGAGUGCCUGUGCAAAUUGCUUACUACAAUUGGAGAACAAGUAGAAAAUGAAGUAAAUGGCCAGCUAGAUAACAUUUUCAAGAAAAUGCAGGAUAUUGUGGAUAGAAAGUCAAACAAAAUAAGCAGCCGUGUCAGGUUUAUGCUUCAAGAUGUCAUUGAACUCAGGAAACGCAAAUGGGUAGCAAAGACUGUGAUUGAUUCACAACCUAAAAUGAUGGAUCAAAUUCAAAAAGAAGCUGAGCAACAGCAGCGCCAUAUUGAGUUAAUGAAUGCCAGCCCCAUAGGCGGCUUUCGACGCGAUGAAGGAGGUCGGGGCAAGCGUGGUGAUAGCCGCAGACAGAAUGCUAACAAUUCUUUCAUUGAUAAUACUUGGAAAUCAUCCAGGGCUAAUUACCCAGUUGAUACAUUAAAACUUAAAGCUGUGACCCAAAAGAAUCUGAACAACAUUAAGUUGGCUCCACAUAAUUCAGCUUGGAACCAUGGUUCAGGUACCAAGAAUACUGCACAGGCGAGUAGUAACUCCAUGAUCAGUAUCAGUAAAAAUAAGUACAGUGUUCUGGAGAAUGUACAAACAGAUCCCACUUCACUUAGAGCUACUAGAGAUAAUAUAACACCAAAUUACUCCAAGGGCGCAUCUAUUGAAAGGUCUACUUUCAACUCAAGAGGUGACUUUACAGCUAGUGGCAGCAGCAGCCGUUCAGGUUCAGUUGGCGUAGCUCGUUCGAACUCAGGCACGCGCAGCACUAGCGCUGCGCCGCCUACGCCAGCAGUACAGAGUGAAGCUCCUGCGCCACCACCAGCUCCGGUGCCUCAAGAACCAUUACCUGAUCCUAAGAAGAAGUCCAUUGAGGCAAUGAUAAAUCUAUGUAUUAUUAACUCGGAUGACGUUGAAAUGGUUGCUGAGGUGAAGCAGCUCUACACACCUCAGUAUCAUGCUGCUGUAGUAAAUGAGAUGUUAACUGUUGCUGCAGAAAAGGCAGUAAAAGAUAUUGGACUGAUUUCAAAAGCAUUGCUUACUUUAGUGGGAACUAAUGCAAUAUCUACUGAGAACUUUUUAGCUGGCUUAAAAGAAAUAUUAGAAUUUGCACCUGAUCUGUUUAUUGAUAUUCCAUUGUUGUAUGAAAAAUUAGGAAAGAUUAUUGCUCCGCAAAUUGAAAAGAAGCAUAUCACAUUCGUACAAACAUUUGCUCUUUGUGAUAGUAUUAUUUCUGUUAAUCAAGGGCAUCUGUUUCUAAAAGCGAUAAUUAGGGAAUUAAAGGAAAGUAUGGGACCUUCCUUUGUCAAAAGCAAAUGGCAGGAGUCAGGGCUUCAACUUAAACAAUGGAUGGAUGAAAACAUGGUGGCGAAGUGGAUGGAAGAUAAUAAAUUUGAAUUUUUGGAAGGUGAUUCAAAGGUUAGCGAAGAAUCGAAAAAAAUCCUGGCUCCAGCUCAAACUCAAAGCAAGUUAAUUCAACUUAUGAAUUCUGAUGAAAGUUGUGAUUGUAUAAAGGGUUGGAUACAGGACAAGUUUGGUAAUACUGCGAAUGAGGAUUGGUUUAUGCGAGCCCUAAUCCAAGCUAUAUGCGAACAUGCUCUUUUCGGAGCCGAAGGACGCGACGCACCCCGUUUCAAUCAAGAUCGUAUGAAUAAGUAUGCAAGUCUUAUACACGACUUUGGCGAAACAAAACAGUCACGGGAGGCAAAUUGUUUGUUUGGCAUACAACAUCUUAUACACAGACUAGAACACCCUCAAGGUUUAACAUUAGAGAUAUUCCAGUAUCUGCAUGAACAAUAUAUAAUUUCAUUAGACGGUUUUAUUGCGUGGGAAGAGUCCGAAAAGGAGCCAGAAGGAAAAGGUGUGAUGAUGAAGGCGUUGACCUCGUUCUUCACAAACAUCAAGGAGGCCGACAACGAGGACUCGUGCAGCGAGGACUGACCCGGAAGAACCACCGCGGUCGUGCCGUCGCCGCUCUUCGCGCCCGUGAUUGCGCCCGGGCUAAUUGCGGCAAGGCCCGAGGCAACAACUGCAUUCAAUGUCUUCUAUAUUUUUAUAUAUUAGAAUCAUCCUAAAUGGAACUCAUAGAUUAUAUUAUUAUUAUUAUGAUAAUGCAGAAGCUAGAAAAAGUUGUAUAAUAUUUUUUAACGCGAUAGUUAUUUAUCAAGGUUUUAACGUAAUUUGCUUCAAAAUUUUAAUGCGUAUCUUGGUACUUGUACCCAGAAUAAAUUGGGGAAGUGCAUGUCUAUAUCCGAGAUACAAUGUAACGAUUGUAAUAAUUAUUUUACGGUUAAAAUAUUUUAUCGGUAUUGAAAUCACAGAUUUAAGUAGUCUGGUUUUUAAUGUUUUUAAAGUUUCUAUUCAUCUCCUUAGUAAUAUUAUUUGAAUACGUCGCAGAUGAAAUCCAAUUACGCAAUUGCAUGUUUCUCUGUUCUCAAGAUUCGCUAUAACACCUUUUAUUUUUAUUCUUUAAUAGAAACUUUAUUUAAAUGU